CUUCAGGGUGUUUGCAUGAGAGGCAGCAGCAGGGAAACGUCCUGUCUUAACAUUUUCCUAAUCACCUGUUUGUGUUUCUGCCAAACAGUUCAGUUAUGAAGCGGUGACACAGACGAGCAGAGGCCGGCUGGAAGCUGAUUGACAGAGGAAGAGGAAGAGGAAGAAGGUUCCCUGAAGAUCUUGAAGCAAGUGACUGCAGCCAAUGAAAAGAUGCUAAACAUAAGGAUAACAUUGAGGAGCAGAGUUUCGUCCUUCAGCAUCCUUUGUAACAGAGGGAGGGGAUACUUAUGUCAGUCUGUCUUGUGAUUGGGUGGAGCGAUGGCAGUCACCAAGGAGCAGAAGCUCGAGGGAGGGAGACAGGCGCCGGGGGUCACAACCCCGCCAGAAGGUGGCUGGGGUUGGAUGAUCGUCGCUGGCUGCUUCCUUGCCACCAUCUGCAUCCGGGCAGUGACCAGAUGUGUUUCAAUAUUCUUUGUGGAGUUCCAGCUGCACUUUGAGAAGGAUUACUCCACCACAGCCUGGAUCCACAGCCUGAUCGACUCCACCACCAUGCUCUUUGCUCCUCUGGGUGGUUUGCUUGGGAACCACCUGUCCUGUAGAGCUACAAUGAUCCUGGGAGGUCUGCUGUCUUCUGCUGGUCUGGUCCUCAGCUCGUUCGCUUCCAGCCUGGAACAUCUAUACAUCUGCCUGGGCAUCAUCACAGGUCUCGGCUUUGCUCUCAGCUACACACCAGCCAUAGCGAUGGUUGGGAGGUACUUCAGUGAGAGGAAAGCUCUGGCCUAUGGCAUCGCCCUGUCUGGUAGUGGCAUCGGGACCUUCCUCCUGGCUCCUGCAGUCCAGCUGCUUAUAGAGCAUUACUCCUGGAAAGGAGCUCUGCUCAUCCUGGGAGGAUUUGUUUCCAACCUGUGUGUCUGCGGUGCUCUGAUGAGGCCGCUGGAACCAAGAGGAGGUGAAAGGAUAUGGAAGAACAACAUGGCAAAACUGGAGAAAGAUUGCAUGGCAACAGUGUUGGAUCCAAAAGACCCUGAAGAACUAUCUGGUGAUUGCAGCCAAGUGGAGCCAGAGCAGCUUGAAAUAAACCACUUAAAUAAUACUGAAGGGUUAACCAUUGCCAAUGGAGCGCUCAAAAACUUUGGGCUUGAAAACAACAAACUAGGUCAGGGGAACUUGCUAUCAAGCCUGGGCCUGCCUGACCUGAGUUUAACAGAUCAGAGGAUAGCUGAAUGCAUUUUGUUUAGCAACAAGCUAACUAUGCUCGGGGAGGUCAAACUCUCACAUCCUAAACUAGAAAAUGGUUGCACGGUUGAGGAAUUGAAAUGGGUGGAAAGCCUGAACCUGAACAACAAGGCAGCAGAUAUAGAUGCAAAGAAGGAAGACUCAGGACUCAUCAAAGCUAAACCAACAGAUGCCUAUCACUCCAAUAAAACCGUCAGCCCUCCUCCAGAGCCUUUAGUGAACACAAAAACUUCACCCAGAGGCUGUUUUUGUCUCAAGUCCAAGGAGGAGUUUGGAUUUCUCAUGUUACCAAACUUCCUGACUCUGUCUGUGUCCCUCCUGUUUUUGGCCUAUGGCUGCAGUGCUCCGGUAGUUUACCUGGUUCCUUAUGCCCUCAGUGUGGGGGUGGGGCACCAGCAGGCUGCCUUCCUCAUGUCCAUAUAUGGAGUUAGCAGCAUUGUGGGUAACAUCACCUUUGGAUGGAUCACAGACAGGAAGUGUCUGAGGAGGUAUCGCAUGCUGAGCUACAUGAUGGCAAUUGGCAUGGAGGGCCUGUGCUGUAUGUUCAUCCCCCGCCUUCACGCCUUCUCCCUCCUGGUCACAUGUUCUGCACUCUACGGGUACUUUGACGGCGCGUAUGUAGCGCUCAUCCCUGUGGUGACCUCUGAUGUCGUGGGCUCCACCUACCUGACCUCAGCACUGGGUGUGGUAUACUUCUUGCACGGCAUCCCCUACCUGGUCAGCCCACCAAUUGGAGGUUGGUUAGUAGACAGGACGGGAAACUAUGAAGCAACCUUCUUCCUCAGCGGUGUGUCCUUCAUGUUAAGCUCUGUGGUCCUAGCAGCUGCCAUGUUAGUUAGACGCUGCUGGAGGUCCAAGUCUAAGUCAGCUGCACAUUUAAGUUCCAGUCAUAUCACUGCUGCUGCAGCUCAGCAGGGCAUCAUAUGACAAAGCCAAUCAAGAUGCUGCUCCUCCAGCUGCACAGCUGUGCACCUCACCACUGCUGGUGCGUGUGUUUACAAAGACUGUAUUAAUGGUACUAUUCCGAUUUGGAUUUCCAUUUUGGAUAUGAAACACUCAUCUCAGGCUCCACAAGAGCAAAGCCCAGAAGAACCAAAGCUGUCAGAAAGUGUCUUUUUUUAAAGAAACAAUGUUGUGGCUUAGAGACGCACAGAUUAUGUUAUAAUGGCUCAUCAUUUUUCUGUUUGUUGUUCAAUGUGGAUAUUUUGUUUGUAAAACCAAAGGGAUUUCUUACCUUACUUCAUGGAAAACAAAAUUUGAAAGCAAGUUUCCAUUAACAUCCACAGGCUGUAGUGAGCUUUCCAAUAAUGUUGAGAUGUACAAACUGUUCACACCAAUUUAAUGUAGGUUUUAAAGUGUUGCUGUUAGAAUUUUAAACCGUUUGUUGGAGGAUAUUUCUUUAAAACCAUUUCCAAAAUUUUCCAUCCUACUAAUUGAUUGUGUUGAGUAUUUCAUCACUUUGUUCUUUUACAACAACAUUGCUCACACAUGUAUUCACCUUUUAAAAUACAUCUGAACAAUCAUCAUGAGGCUUCUGUUCUAGUAGUCUAGUUCUUGAGCAGAAGAAGCAGAAGAUUGUGAUUCAAUUGCCUGCAUCAUGGACACAAAAAACAUUCCUGCUCCACAAAUUCAGGUGCUUUAUGUAUUGAUGAUGCCUGGGUCGGUGUCUCAGUUUACCAUGAAUGCAUAAUCAGUCAUGAUUAAUCCAUAGUCGAUAUUUCUCAUCAAGCAUGCUUGAUUGCACUAAUGAAAUAAAAUGAUGAAUGAGAAUUUUAAUACCUCAGAUUACACUACCUGUGCCUGCACCACUAGAGCUGGUCUCUGAGGGAUAAAUGUUUGUGAUUAGUGAUAUUCUUACUGUGAUUAGUGAUACAGGGGAUUGCUUGAAGAACAUUAGAAGAAAUCUUGCAUUAGAAAACUGUAGAUAACGUUAUCAUUGGCUUUCUUUUGUCUUGCUAUUAUUUAAAAAUACCAAGACAUAAGAGAAAUUUCAAGCAAAGACAAAGUACUUAUGUCAGGACAGUGCUACAAGAUUUUACUUACAACAGUAUUUACAAACCAUUCUGUGCAAUAUCCAACUUACCGACCUUUACUUUACCUUACAAACGGUUACAUUGCUAAAGAUGUCAACAUUCAUUGUAAAAUGAUUUUUUUUUUUUUACCAAAACCCAUCACACACUUUCAUAUAAUGUGUUGAUAUGUGAAAAUAAUUUAAAUCUAUCAGAAAAACACUACAAAAAACAAGAGUUUAGAGGAAGGGGGAGAUGGCUGCAGUUCCAUUAUACCUGGACAGCUGGACAGAAAAUAUUUCGCCAUUUCUGCUAAAUACCGAAACUGUGAUCAUUCACCUCUUUUACCAUGAAAAUCACAUUAAAAGUAUCACCAUGAAAGACCACGACAGCCUAUGAUGGUUGUCUUUGUUGUGUGUGGAUCAAAUCAUGACAUGUGACAGAAACAUAAAUGUGAGUUUUGUUAAAUGAAUUAAAUAAAAUC